AUGAGGAGAGAUCUGAAGGAAAGGCAGAGGGUAUCAGGGAGGAGCGGGACAGGUAUCACCUUGUUCGGGGAAGAGGCAGGCGACCUCGACGAGAAAGCGUGGACUGGAAUCGAGGUUCGAGUGCUGAAUGUAGCAGAAGUCGAGUCUGGGAUGGGAAGAGAGGUCAACGAUACGGCGGUUUGGGUGGAAACGGAGGGGCUGAUGGAGGUAGAGGCUGGAGGAAAGAAUGGUACGCGAAUGGAGGUGAAAGUCGACAUGGCAAUGGAAGUGCUCUCGCACCUCGUUAUGGAUUUGGCUAUCAUCAUGGCGUCGAUCCUGCGCUUGUUUAGCUCAAAUCUCUCCGUUGGAAGAUCGCAUUGCCCAAGCACAAUCGGAUAUACGAAGCAACCAUUGAUCCAAGGGUUACCCAACCACAACGCUAUUCAGCAAAAUCAAGCCUUGCAGUUCUCAAGUACAGCAUCACAGCCACUCUAUCCUGCUGCUGUGAACGUUACCAUUGCCUCCCAGGUUGUUUCAGGCAAGCUCGAACAGUUCGAACGUCGACAGGAUUCUAUCCUGGACAAACUUGAAAGUUUUGGUACGAAGCAGGACCAGAGCCAACAUCGCAUGCUGCUUGGAUUUGAUUAUGUUGACGGCAAGCCGGGAAAUAUUAGUGAAAGGCUGCUGCGGGUCGGUAUUUAA